GUGACUUUCCAUCUAAAAAUUCCAAAAUGGCGGAUCCCAUCACGGGCUGAUUCCGUUGGUGGCGCGCGCGCCGCUGUGUCCGCCCAGCGCCGGGCCCUCCCCGUGGCUUGCCACCACCCCGAGCGCCUGCUGCCGCCGCACAGGUUCACAUUCUGAAAACCAUUUGAAGAUAUUCUGCCAUCCUACUGGAUUACUUUUGUUUACAGAACAGAAUGUUAUUCUGCCCUGGAUUUAAUUUGGUGUUUAUGAUUUAAUCCCCCUUCUCUGUAUGUCUAUGUAUUGGUGAAGCAUUGGAGCUCUGCAGGGCUGCUGUUGCUUGUGUGGAAACUGAUCCAUUUUAAAUCCCUUCCAAAGGACUAGACAUUGCUAGCAAUGAGCUCCCAAAGCCAUCCAGAUGGACUUUCUGGCCGAGAUCAGCCAGUAGAGCUGCUAAAUCCACCUAGAGUGAACCAUAUGCCCAGUUCUGUUGAUGUGAACACAGCACUGCCCUUGCAAGUUGCACCAACUUCAGUCCCCAUGGAUCUCCGCUUGGACCACCAGUUUUCCAUGCCAGUGACGGAACCUACACUCCGAGAACAGCAGCUCCAGCAGGAACUCCUGGCUCUCAAACAAAAACAACAAAUUCAGAGACAAAUCCUUAUAGCCGAGUUCCAGAGGCAACAUGAGCAACUCUCCCGUCAGCAUGAGGCCCAGCUACAUGAACAUAUAAAACAGCAACAGGAAAUGCUAGCAAUGAAACAUCAGCAGGAGCUCUUGGAGCACCAGAGAAAGUUGGAGCAACAUCGACAGGAACAAGAGCUGGAGAAGCAGCAUAGAGAACAGAAACUACAACAGCUAAAAAACAAAGAGAAAGGAAAAGAAAGUGCAGUGGCAAGCACAGAAGUAAAAAUGAAAUUACAAGAGUUUGUCUUAAAUAAAAAGAAAGCUUUGGCGCACCGGAAUCUCAACCAUUGCAUUUCCAAUGAUCCCCGCUUCUGGUAUGGGAAAACUCAGCACAGUUCUCUUGACCAGAGUUCUCCCCCACAAAGUGGAAUAUCAGGCACCUACAAUCACCCUGUCCUGGGGAUGUACGAUUCCAAAGAUGACUUUCCACUCCGAAAAACAGCAUCUGAACCCAACCUGAAGUUACGAUCCAGAUUAAAGCAGAAAGUUGCUGAAAGACGGAGCAGUCCCCUGUUACGCAGGAAAGAUGGCCCAGUGGUUACUGCUCUUAAGAAGCGUCCCCUGGAUGUCACAGGUAUGUUGGACUCUGCAUGCAACAGUGCUCCUGGAUCUGGUCCCAGUUCUCCAAACAACAGCUCUAAUAACAUAAGUGCUGAGAAUGGAAUUACAGGAUCAGUCACAAGUAUUCAAGCAGAGACCAGCCUGGCUCACAGACUAGCAAAUCGUGAAGGCUCAGUAACACAGCUUCCUCUCUACACAUCUCCUUCCUUGCCCAACAUAACGUUAGGACUGCCUGCAACUGGACCCGCCAGUGGGGGAUCAGGACAGCAGGAUGCCGAGAGACUUGCUAUUCCAACCCUACAACAGCGGCUUUCCUUAUUUCCUGGCACCCAUCUCACUCCUUACUUGAGCUCUACGACUUUGGAAAGGGAUGGGGGAACUUCACACAACUCUCUUCUGCAGCACAUGGUCUUACUGGAACAACCAACUGCACAAACUCCCUUAGUCACAGACUGGUAUCUUUCAGGCUUGGGGCCACUGCCCCUCCAUGCACAGUCUCUGGUUGGUGCAGAUCGGGUCUCCCCCUCAAUACACAAACUCCGGCAACACCGCCCCCUGGGGCGCACGCAGUCUGCUCCCCUUCCCCAGAAUGCCCAGGCCCUCCAGCAGUUAGUGAUCCAGCAACAGCAUCAACAGUUCCUGGAGAAACACAAACAGCAAUUCCAGCAACAGCAACUUCACAUUAACAAGAUGAUACCAAAACCGAAUGAGCCAGCCCGCCAGCAUGAAAGCCACCCUGAGGAGACGGAAGAGGAGUUACGAGAACACCAAGCACUUUUGGAGGAGCCAUACAGUGACCGAGUCUCAAGCCAAAAGGAGGUGCAAGGGUUGGCCAAUAUGGUGCAGGUGAAGCAAGAGCCCAUUGAGAGUGAUGAAGAGGAAACAGAACCACCACCGGAACUAGAGCCAGGGCAGAGGCAAGCUGAACAGGAGCUGCUAUUCCGUCAGCAAGCCCUUCUACUGGAGCAGCAACGCAUUCACCAGCUGAGAAACUACCAGGCAUCAAUGGAGGCAGCUGGCAUUCCAGUGUCUUUUGGAGGACAUCGGCCUCUGUCUCGUGCACAGUCCUCACCUGCAUCUGCCACCUUCCCCAUGUCCGUACAGGAGCCACCAACUAAGCCGAGGUUCACAACAGGCCUUGUAUACGACACCUUGAUGCUGAAACACCAGUGUACCUGUGGAAACACAAACAGCCACCCAGAGCAUGCAGGGAGAAUCCAGAGCAUCUGGUCCAGGCUUCAAGAGACAGGCCUCCGUGGCAAGUGUGAGUGUAUUCGUGGAAGAAAAGCAACUCUAGAAGAGCUACAGACAGUUCACUCGGAGGCACACACGCUGCUGUAUGGCACAAACCCUUUGAACAGACAGAAACUGGACAGCAAGAAACUUCUAGGUUCUAUAACAUCAAUGUUUGUCAGGCUCCCAUGUGGUGGUGUUGGAGUUGACAGUGACACAAUUUGGAAUGAAGUUCAUUCAUCUGGUGCGGCUCGCCUGGCUGUGGGCUGUGUCAUUGAACUUGUUUUUAAAGUGGCCACAGGAGAAUUGAAGAAUGGAUUUGCUGUUGUUCGACCUCCAGGUCAUCAUGCUGAAGAGAGUACACCCAUGGGGUUCUGCUAUUUUAAUUCUGUGGCAAUUGCAGCCAAGCUUCUCCAACAGAGACUCAACGUUAGCAAAAUCCUUAUAGUGGACUGGGAUGUGCACCAUGGGAAUGGUACUCAGCAGGCUUUCUACAGUGAUCCUAACGUUCUUUAUAUUUCACUACAUCGCUAUGAUGAUGGAAACUUCUUCCCAGGCAGUGGAGCUCCUGAUGAGGUUGGCACUGGACCAGGUGUUGGUUUCAAUGUUAAUAUGGCGUUUACUGGUGGCCUGGAACCACCGAUGGGAGACACCGAAUAUUUGACUGCUUUCAGAACGGUAGUAAUGCCAAUUGCCAAUGAAUUUGCCCCAGAUGUUGUGCUGGUGUCAUCUGGUUUUGAUGCAGUGGAAGGCCAUCCUACGCCUCUUGGAGGAUAUAAUCUAUCAGCAAAAUGCUUUGGGUACCUGACGAAGCAGCUGAUGGGAUUGGCCGGAGGUCGAAUUGUUCUGGCCCUCGAAGGAGGUCAUGACCUGACAGCCAUUUGUGAUGCGUCUGAGGCAUGUGUUUCUGCUUUGCUGGGAAACGAGCUUGAUCCUCUUCCAGAAAAAGUCUUGCAGCAGAGAGCAAAUGCCAAUGCAGUGCAUUCCAUGGAAAAAGUAAUUGAGAUACACAGCAAGUAUUGGCAUUCACUCCAGCGUUACUCCUCCACGGUGGGGUACUCCUUGAUCGAGGCACAGAAAUGUGAGACUGAAGAAGCAGAAACAGUAACAGCCAUGGCCUCGCUGUCAGUGGGUGUGAAGCCAGCUGACAAGAGACCAGAUGAUGAGCCCAUGGAAGAGGAGCCUCCCAUGUAGCGUUCACCUUUGAGCUGGAGUUCUCCUGUUUGUUCGUCUUUGUCUUGAAGCUCUGCCAAGAAGCUUUCUCUUGUUACUCCUGCGUCCUGUCAUGGUUUUCUUACAGAAUACAGAAGGGACAACCAGGUGUAAAACACAGCAACAGAAAAAUCUCUCCAUAUAUAUAUAUACACAUGUAUACAGCAUAUACAGAAAAGGAAAAAUGCUGGUGAAGAGCAGCAGUGUUGAAGACAAGCACGUAUGCUGGGCAUUCUUCUUCUGGUCCUCAAUGGAAGCCGUAAGGGGAACAAAGCCCAUGAAAGUCUUUGGCAAAGUUGUCAAUUUUUUUUCUAAAAAAAAUAAUUAAAUCAAAGAUUCAACAACACAAAAACAAACAAACUUCAUUUAAAACUGGUGCUUAAAGUUUGAUUACCCACAAUUCAGCAAUCUCCGUUUGAACCACUCAACCCAUCUUGUAGUUUUGUUUCUUGGAUUUUUUUUUUAAAUGGCUCUCGUCUACCUGUGAGUCAGACAUUCUCUUCAAAACCAGAACAAUGCGAGAUGGUGUAUUUUUAAUGGGGAGGGUGGGGGAAAGAGGACUAAUCUAUCUAUCUAUCUAUCUAUAUAUAUAUAUAUAUAUAAAAUCAACAAAAAAAGAGGAAAUGGAGCUCAGAAGGAGUCGGCUUUAGUAACUCCAAAGCCAUCUGAAGAUGAGUUUGUGCCUUUUUUUUUAAUUGAGCUGAUGGAUUUGGUGCAGCUGGAUUUUCUGAAGUUUGAGGAACAAUGCCUUAAGAAAAAGAACAGCAGCAGUUUGUCAACAUAUUUCCUCUGGGAAAGCCAAGAACUGCCAUCAGGAAGGAAGACUGGUUUGUGCUGGCAUGAUUACUGGAAGCAGGCAUCAGCUGCAGAGAGCAUCUCCAAAACGGUCUAAAGUUUGGAUUUUUUGUUUUGUUUUAUUGCUGUGGGAAAAAAAUUAAGGUAGUUGCCAAGGAAGUGGCAAAUACUGUUGGAUCUUUGAAAUUCAACCAAUUUUGAAAACAAAUUUUCGAACAUUUUCUCUCUCUGACAUUAUGUAGAAAUUGAAUUUACCAAUCUGGUUGUUGAAGCAUGCAAUAGAGACAACUGCAGUUUUAAGAUUGGAAUGCUUUUCAUUAAAAGCAACUAGCAUGAGAUAUUGCUUAAAUUGUUAGGUGUGUGUGUGUGUGUGUGUAUGUAUAUAUGUGUAUAUAUAUAUAUACAUAUAUACACGUAUAUAUGUAUAUAUAUAUAUACGUAUAUAUGUGUAUAUAUAUACGUAUAUAUGUAUAUAUAUAUAUAUUACAAAUGUAUUCCAAGCUUAGAAAUCUGAUUCUUAUGAAUUAUUGAUAAAUAUUUAUAAUGCAUUUAUAUAAAAUAAAUAUAUAUAAUAAAUGCAGACUAUAAAAGUAGCCAUUGAAAGGUCCCUAGUGAAAGAUUUAUUUGUUAAUUGGAAUUGGUGCUUUUGGAGAGGGAUCUAGUUUGAAACUUGAGCAUUUUCAAACUACAAUUUGGAAAGUUUUCAGAACACCAACACAUUAGCCACUGGGCAACUACCCUAAACAUUUGUAUUUUAAUUUAAGGUUUUCUAACAAAAAUGAGUUUUUAAGCAAAGAUUAUGAAUUUGCUGUUAAUUUUUAUAUUGAUAUUUCACAAAAACCCUAAAGAAGCCUUGUUUGUGUGAAUCUUACAUUUAUUUUACAUUUGGCAGUUGUUUUUCUGAAUGGUAACAAUGUCAACAUUUUUCUUCCCUAAUCUCAUCCGUGUACAUUACUUUCUGUGGGGUUUUUUUGUUUUGUUUUGUUUUUUAAGUCUUUUGUACAGUGAGCAGCUUUCCACAGGUGUACGGAACUGUUGCAGGUUGUCAGAGUUUAUUUUCAGAACGCGUGCAUUUAACUAAAAGAGGGGAAUCCAAUGGUCUCUUUUGUAUGAUACCAAUGAUUGUAUAUUUCCUCAGUUCUGUGAUAGAAGCUGUGUAAAGAAAAUAAGAGUUUUACCUUAAGCAUAGUAGUAUUACAAUGGGUGAUGUAUCAUAUCCUCCAUGUGGAUUGUGGCGAGGAUUAUAUAUGGCAUUAGUAGCUACCAUGUUGAAGGCUUGCCAGACACUAUUGAGGCAACUAGCAUUCACUCACACACACUAAGCAUCUUUCUGAACCACCAUUGUUAGAAUUGUAAUUUUAGUCCUCCAAAGAACUUUUUUUUUCAAAUAUAUUUUUAAGAUGAAGUCAUUGUUGGGUGAGAGAGUUUUAAUCUUCAGCUCCAUUGAUUUUUCCCUAUUGCCUUUCGGAGCUGGCCUGCAGUAUAAGCAGCUAAUCCUUGAGUUGUGGAGUUAGUGACUAAAGGAGACCAAAUUGACACGUGUACCUUUUCAAAGCAGAGUAGGAUAGCACAGAUCUCUUAUCUGAACAACCAAGGGUAUUUUUUUUAUUAUUAUUAUGAUAACUGACGGUCAUUUUAUAUUACUUAUUUUCCAGUUCUUGAAGUAGCUGUUUUUCAUUCCAUUCAGAACAUACUAAGUUCAGGCUUGUGGAAAGAAUUUGAAACAUACCAUGCAAGUGCAAGAGGGUUCUUUGCUUUGUUUUAUAAUGCAAUUGAAUAAACAGACACUACUGUAUUUGAGUUUUUGCUAACCCAAGUACAUUUAAAAUUAUGAAAUGUUUUGGUUAUUAGAACUGUCUUCAGCAUAUUCUAACGGUAAGGUUCAAAUAUAAAAAUGCAAAAAAUGUGUAUGCAUUGGUUUUUUAAAUGACCACUUUGCUGCUGUGAUCUAAAACAUAAUUUGGCUGUGGAAUCCUGUGAUUUCAUACUUUACAUCAUUUACCCAUUCAUAAAUGUUGGCAAUAUCAACAUAUACAUGAUGCCUUUUGUAUCCAGACCUUCCUAACUGUUUUUUUUAAUUAACAAUUUUAGUAUCACUUGUGGAAAAUAUUUGUGUUCCUCUUUCCUUGUGAACAAUUGCCGACAGAUUGAGUUGAUUUCUUUUAAAUUAGAUGAUUGGCAAUAGCCUGAAAUAUUCAGUACCGUUCCAUCUUGUCACUUUCAAGAUGCAUUGUUCAUUUAUUUUAAAUCAUUUCACUAAGUUAUUGCCAUCAAUGGAAAGACUUACCAAGACUUUACAAGUCGUCAGUCUACUCCAAAGUCUAGUUCACUUGGAUUGGCUACAACCUUACUUGCCUAAACCCACUCAACAGGCCACAUCUGAGUGCUCCGUGGCCUGUCUGACCUUGACUGGUGCAGAUAGAAGGGAAAGGAGGUGCUCGUUUUGGAGACCACCAUUUUUUCACGCCUUGAGCUUUUGGCCUCUUCAUUUCAGUAGCCUUCUAAGAAAAUGUGGGUCAGUGAGCAUCCAGUCCUGAGGGGAAUGCUAGCAAACUCUCUGGAGUAGCCACCAAAGAGGUGCAUUGCAGGUAGAUUCAAUGAGCACUCAUUCCCUUUCCUUUCUACUUCCCCUCCUGAAAGCCAGGCAUGAUGCACUUCAGUUCCACCAGCAAGAGACCAGAAGUUGUGCAUCACUUUGUAGCCAAGUCUUUGGGGUGGCCCAGUAAAAUAAUACUUUUUUCUUUUGCCUGUUUGGAAACGAAGCAACAUCUUCAAAUUGUCUUACAGAGAAGCAAGUCCCAGUUUGCAGUACACAAUUGAUCAUUUUGUUUUUUUACUUUCAAUACGAAACAUUCCUUUAUUAGUCGCAGUCAUGUAUUCAUUCCAUUCUUCCUUUUUGUAACUUUUUGGGCCCACGUGUUUUAUGGGCAUUGAUAUAUAUAAAUAUAUAUAUAUAAAUAUAUAUGAAUAUAUUUUUUUAAGUUUCCUACACCUUGAGGUUGCAUGGUCUGUAAGGUUGGCAUGUCUUUAUAUUGUAUACAGAUUUUGCACGCCAAACUUGGCAGCUUUGAAAAAAAAAUUUCCCCUCGUGGGAUUUGCAGAGACAAAGGUUGAGGCAAUUUUCUGUCAAACACACACAAAAAGGAAGGAGAGUGGGGGUCGGGGGAAUUGCAUCUUACUGAACUUAAGAAAUUGUGCUUUUUAUUGUAAAAAGAUAAAUAAAAAGGACUACUUAAACAUUUCUCAUUUUAAGAAGAAAGAGUUUAUCUAGCACUUGUGACUUACCAAUAAUAGAGUUUAUUGUAUUUAUGUGGAAAACAGUGUUUUUGGGAAACUACACAGAACACGCGAAGUAAACUGCCUAUGUCAUUUUAAAACAAAAAUUUGGUUGGGUUUUUUCUUUUUGUUGAUUUUUGUUUUGUUUUCUCUUCGCUGGGAGGGCGGGGAGUUGGGCACAUCCCAACACAUCUAGGCAUUCAUUCUGAGAAAAAAAGGAUUUAAGGAGUUAAGUCUUCAGCACAGCUGUGUUAACUUUUUUAAUGACUUUGAAAUGUCUCACUAGAUUUCACUUUAAACAGUCGUGUACUGUGCAAGCACUGUGGUUUAAAAUAAGACUUUACAUCAAAAGGAAUAAAAAACGUUUCUUCAUUGUGACGAAGCUGGGCCUGUUCUCAGCUCUGCUUCAUGUACUUUGAUAUUGAUGAAAAAGUAUCCUAUUGAAAGAAAAUAAAUUAACACUUUUCUGUGCUCCAUAGUGGAGGCGCUAUUUUCCAAUUUAUGAGGAUGACAAACUUAUAUAUAUAUAAUAUAUAUAUAUAUAUAUAAUAAAAAGGGGGGGAUGGGUUUGAACAUUAUUCACCCAAGAGCUUAUUACAGAUAUGUAGUAUCAAAGUUGUAACUAUAUUAUAUUCUACUUUAUACCUAUACAUGCUCAGUAUGAUGUCACCAUUGGUAGCAGCUACCGGUUUACUCUGUAAUUUAGACACAAUUUCACUCUUAUUGUAUGGACCCUACUUUAAGUGAUGGUAGCAUUCUUUGUGCUAAAAUUUUCUGAUGAUCCUUUCUUUUACUUGGUGGAGUUGGAAUUUUUUUUUCUCAUUCUUGUUUUUGUUUUAUUUGUUUUUUUGUUUUUGUUUUUGUUUUUUACUGGCCAAUGGUGUCUUUCUCUGACAGUACCAACUUCAAUUUCAACUUUAUUAGGAGUCCAGUAUUUUGUACCACAUUAUGACAACUUGUUAUUCUUGUGGUGUAAAUAAAAAGAAAAGUUAAUUAUAGUACCA